AUGUGUAAGGAAGGCGUAUUUAAUGGAAAGUUAACGUCAACAUUCAGUGAAACACCUGAUUACAUUGCACUAGAAAUCUUGCAAGAUCGUUUUCUGUUGAUUGAUGACUUGUUUAUGCCAAAAAAUCCGGCAAAACGACUGGGUUGUGUCGCUGCACAAGAUGGGGAAGAUGCUAUUAAACGUCAUAGAAUCGAUGAACGUGAAGAAGGAGAAGAGGACGACGAUAGUAAUGGAGAAACACCAGUUGCAGAGGUUUCUAAACGAAAACGGACUGAAAAUAAUGAUGAUGAACCAACCAAUGAAACCGAAGAAGAGGACGAGGAGGAUGAUGAUGACGAAGAUGAUGAAGAUGAAGAAGAGGACGAAGACGAAGAAGAAGAAGAACGAAACGUGCAAAAAGGUCCAAAACGAAAACGAAAGAAAAUAUCUGGCAAACAAUUCAUUAUAUCAGAAGCAGAUGUUGAUAAAGAGGAAGAAGACGAGGAGGAUCUCGCUGAAGAAGGUUUUGAAGAUCUUUUUCUUCAUGAACAAAAUGAAAUUGAUGAUUCAGCGCGAGAUCUAUAUCGAACAACAAGAACUACAACAUCCCUUUUUGGAACUGAUGAUGUUGAAAAAAUUGAAAAAUAUAUAACGGAUAAAUAUGGAAAUAAAAAUCGAAUACGUGAUGACGAUGACAUAGAUGAAGAUGAAAAUGUACCAGAUGAAAUAACACAACAAAGUUUAUUGCCCGAUGUCAAAUCGCCUAAUUUAUGGCCAGUUAAAUGUCGUAUUGGCGAAGAAAAACUAACAGCAUUAUUAUUAAUGAGAAAAUUUCUUGCAUUAGAAUCUAGCGAUAAUGCACUUCAAAUUAAAAGUGUUGUAGUUAAAGAAGGUGAUCGUGGCUAUGUAUAUGUUGAAGCAUUUAAAUCAAAUCAUGUUAAACAGGCAUGUGAUGAUAUUAAAUCUUUACAUACGACUAAUUUACAAAUGGUACCUAUUCGUGGUAUGCCCGAUAUAUUGAGAGUACUUAAAAUUAGUUAUGGUAUUAAAGUUGGUUCAUGGAUACGAAUUAAACGUGGUAUGUAUCGUGAUGAUUUGGCAAAAGUUAAAGAAUGUGAUAUGGCACAAAAUAAUGUAACGGUAAAAUUAAUACCACGUAUUGAUUAUACAAAAAAACGUGGCCUAUUAAAAGAAACUGGUGAUGAACGGACGAAUCCAAAUAUGAAAAAGAAAAAUCGAUUUUCAUUCAAACGAUCAGCAGCAAAAUUGUUUGAUGAAGAUGCUGUCAAACCACUUGGAGGUGAAGUUAAACGAUUUGGAGAAUAUCGUGUAUUUGAAGGGGGAAAAUAUAAUGAAAAAGGAUUUUUAAUUAAGACAUUUCCACUACUUGCUGUGCAAGCUGAUGGUAUCACACCGACAAUAUCUGAAUUAGAAAAAUUUGAAGAAUCUAUCGAUGGUCCAGAUAGUAACGUUAUUGUUAGCAAGAAUAAAUCGUCGAUGAGUGAUUCACAAUCGUUUGCUCCUGGUGAUGCAGUCGAAGUUAGCGAAGGUGAAUUAAUUAAUUUGCAAGGAACAGUUAUUGGUGUUGAUGGUGAUCAAAUUCGAAUAUUGCCGAAACAUGAAGCGUUAAAAGAUGAAAUUCCAUUUAAAGCAAAUGAAUUACGAAAAUAUUUUUCUGUUGGUAAUCAUGUGAAAGUAUUACGUGGACGAUUUGAAGGUGAUACGGGAAUGAUAGUUGGCAUUGAAGGACUUAAAGCAAUUGUUCUGUCAGAUGGAACAAAAGAUGAAAUGCCCGUUCGUUGUUCGGAUUUACAGAUUUGUAAAGAAACAUCAUCUGGUGUUGAUUCAACUGGUCAAUUUCAAUUACGUGAUUUAGUCAAUUUAAGUCCUGAUAAAGUUGGUAUUGUUAUUCGUGUUGAGAAAGAACGUUUACAUGUAUUAAAUAUGGACGCUAAAGUUCAAAUUGUUCCCAUCCAAUCUGUAACAAAACGUCGAUUUAAUAAAAAUGCUAUGGCAUUGGAUAGUUUAAAUAAUAAUCUAAAUGUUGGCGAUAUUGUUAAUGUUAUUGAUGGACCCAAUGCUAAUCGUCAAGGCCAAAUCAAACAUAUAUUUCGCCAUUUUAUAUUCAUAUUCUGCCGUACGUUAACAGAAAAUGGUGGUUUGUUUGUUUGUAAGGCAAAAAAUUUAUCAUUAGCCGGUGGAGCUAAAGUGUCCACAUUUCCCAUUAUGGCAUCCGGUUAUAUGUCACCGAGAAUUGCCAGUAGUCCUUCUCCGCAUAAUGGUAGUGCUGGAACAAGUGUUCAUGGUGCAAUUGGUAGUACACAUAGUACAAAUGGUGGAGGCUCAUCAGGACUUGGAAAUCGUACACCUGCUGGAAAACCAUUUAAUUCGACAGUUAAUGUUAGACGAGAUACACAAUUAAUUGGAAAAACUGUUAGAAUUAAACAAGGACCGUAUAAAGGCUAUGUUGGAAUAGUUAAAGAUGCUACUGAAUCAACAUGUAAAAUUGAAUUACAUGCAAAAUGUCAAACAAUAACAGUCGAUAAAAAUCGUAUUAUUGUUUUAGCACCAGAUUCUGGUGAUGCUUCAUCAUCUCAAACAGCAACUCCUUUACAUGGAUCUCAAACUCCUGGUUAUAAUGCAUUUGGAGCGCAAACACCAUUAUAUGGAUCUCGAACGCCAAUGGUUGGUAGUGGCACACCUCAUUAUGAUGGAAGUCGAACACCACAUUACGGAAAUAUGACACCAAGACAUGAGGGCAGUAUGACACCGGCUGGUGGCGGAGGAGCGUCAGCUUGGGAUCCAAGUUAUGGAGCUACACCAAGAGUUGAUUAUGAUGAUGAUGAACCUAGUCCAUAUCAAAAUUUAAAUCCAACCACUCCAAGCUACUCUCAUAUUGAUUCAAAUAUACCAUCAACAAGCGCUGCUAGUGCAUCAUCUUUAAAUCAAAAUACUUUUUCACCUUAUAGCCAACAUACAACAGCAUCACCAGGAAUUGAUUAUCAACCGUACAGUAGUCAUAUACCAACACCCGGUUCUGAUUCUUAUCGUGCUCCUGAUCAAUCACCAGCAAAUUAUGUUUACUCUCCUUCUGUAAAUAUGACACCAGUGACACCAAGUGCUCAAUAUACACCAAUGCCAACUGGAGUUGAUUAUGAUUCAUCUUCAAAUGAUUGGCAUACAGAAGGUUUAGUUGUUCGCUUUAAAGAUCAAUCUGAUGACAUCAUGGCUGGUUCAACCGGUGUCAUACAAAGUAUAAAUGGUAAUAUUUGUACAAUUCAUGUUGAAAAAUUCGAUAAAAAGGUGGCAAUUCAGUUAGAUCGUAUUGAACCUGUAGUACCAAAACCAAAUGAUAAAGUGUAUGUAAUUGGUGGUGAUUAUAAAGGUGCAUCGGGCGAUUUACUAAGUGUGGAUUAUCAAGAUGGUGUCGUUAAAUUACAUGAAAAUUCAUCAUUAGACGACAAUAUUACAAUGAUUAAUUUAAGAUAUUUAUCAAAAUGUGUUUAG